UCUGUCAAAUUCCAGCUGAUUGUCAAUGUGAUGUGAAUUUUUAGGAAAAUAUUAAAAUUUUAAUAAAAUGAUGGACUUACCAGAAACCGAUAGUGAAGAUGAAAUUCCACCAGGUUGGGAAGAACGAGUAACUACCGAUGGUAGUGUUUUUUACGUGAACCACGGACUGAAAAGUACACAAUGGACUCAUCCACGAACUGGAAAGAAAAAAUUUGUAUCCGGUAAUUUACCAUUCGGAUGGGAAAAAUGCGUUGAUGAAAACACAGGAAAGAUUUUUUUCGUUGAUCAUGAAAAUAAACGUACAACGUAUACAGAUCCACGUUUAGCUUUUGCCACCGAAGAAAAAGAACAUCCGUAUGAUUUACGACAAAAAUUCGAUGCUUCUUCAACGGCAUUACAAAUUUUACACGGUAAAGAUUUAUCGGGGCAAGUGGCUUUAGUUACGGGGGCAAAUACUGGUAUUGGCUUUGAAACAGCACGAUCUUUAGCGCGACAUGGUUGCAAAGUAAUAUUUGCAUGCCGUAAUAUGGAUGCAGCAGACGAAGCAAUCAAACGAAUUGCUGACGAAAAAGCUGAUGCAGCAAAGAAUUGUGAUUGUAUGCGUUUAAAUUUGGCAUCAUUUGCGGAUGUUCGAAGUUUCGCUGAAGGCGUUAUUGAAAAAUACAAGCGCAUUGAUAUGCUUAUUUUGAAUGCUGGAGUAUUUGGAAUGGAUUAUUCUACAACUAGGGAUGGCUACGAAACGACGUUUCAAGUAAAUCAUUUGAGUCAUUAUUAUUUGACUCGAUUACUUUCGAAACUUUUAGGGAAAAAUUCACGAGUUAUUAUUCUAUCUUCAGAGUCACAUAGGUUUGCAAAUUUAGACAUUAAUAAUAUUUCUCCGGAAACAUUAUCACCUCUAGAAACACAAUAUUGGAGUAUGAUGGCGUAUAAUAAUUCAAAAUUAUGUAAUAUACUUUUUGCAAAUGAAUUAUCUCGUUUGUGGGAAGGACGUGCCAUAUCUGUUUUCGUUGUACAUCCUGGUAAUAUGAUAUCAACGGAUUUAAGCCGUCAUUGGUGGGGUUGGAAACUGUUAUUUUUGAUUGUUCGACCAUUUACUAAGUCUUUGCAACAAGGUGCCAGUACGACAGUUUAUUGUGCAACCGCACGAGAAUUAUCCGGUUUAACUGGAUUAUAUUUUAAUAAUUGUCAUAUUUGUAAUGUAAGCGAUAAUGCGAAAAGUAGUGAAUUAGCAAAACGUUUAUGGGAUAUUAGUGCCGACAUGAUUAAAGCAAAAAUUGGACCAGAAGCAUGUUUACAAUAA